AUGAUUGAGUUCCUCACUAAAGAGGAUCAAAACAUUUUGCACGUAGCUGCUAUGAAUGGGAAAGCCAAAAUGGUAGCUUAUAUGCUAAAAAUGCAUGAUCUUAAAGUUGAAAUGUUUGUCAAUAAUGAAGACAAAAAUGGAAACACCCCUUUACAUUUGGCUACCACGAAAGGGCAUCUUGACAUUGUUAGCGUUUUGGCACGGGACAAAAGAGUUCGUUUAAAGUCUUUGAAUAAAGAUGGCAAGAGAGCGCUAGACAAUGCAAUGAAAUACAGUGGGGAGGGUCCCUCAAUUAAAGAGGAAUGUGAACAAUAUUGA